AGUCGAAAUCCAUUUAUUCUCGCGUUUUCUUCGUGAUUGCAUCGUGCUCGCUUGAAUAUUAAGUGGUUAUCUUCGUGACUUACAAAGUGAUUGUGUUAAUAAAGUGGUUACGUUUAAAAAUGAAGGUGAAUAAGUCGUAUUUGAUGUUUCAAUUGAUCAUUAGAAGUCCUGUGACUGAUUUUCAAGUUGAGUUGAAUUAAGUUUUUUUGUUGAUUUGAAGACGAAGAACGUUAGGUUUUGAUUUUUUUGUGUUUUAAAAUUAAAACAGUGUUUUUUUGAUAAAAUAUGCAACAAGGUGAAUUUGAAUACGAUUAUAAAUUCGGUUUGAGGCAGAACAAGACCACGUUUUUGUGCACGAAUAAGAUGGUGGAGGUGUUGGAUAGCGCAGGAUUUGAUCGUCCUAGAGUUGGAUACAGAGCGAAAAACGAUCCCGGAGACUGACACAGUUUGAAUUUUAUGCUGGGAUACGAGCAUCUUCUAAUAGUUAUUUGAUAGCCGCUAAGAAAAAGGUAGAAAUAGAUCUUUGAAACAAAAAAAACGAAAUUGAAGGAGUUAAUUCGCUUCGUGAGUCGGAGAAGAAAACGAUUAGGAAGGAUUUAAGGAUUCAAAUUCAAAUUCAAAGAGAAGAGAUUGAAAGUGAAAUAAACAAUUUUUUAGUGUUAUUUUUAUUUAGAACUUAAAAUUAAAUAAAUAAAUAAACUUUGUUGUGGUGAAUUAAUUAAUUAAUUAAAAAAAAUGGGGUUCCUGAAGGAGAAAUGGAGGGCUCUUUGCCCACAAAACCCACCGAGGGAGCUUAUUGGAGAACAAGAAACCGGAUUAUUAAAAGAUAACCAAGUACUUCAUCACCGCUUUAUAAUGCGAUUAAACGCGGGUCAAGACGACGAAAUGGACGUUUGCGGGUACAAAACAUCUCCGAUUCGAUCAACAAUAACUUAUUUUUUAAUUUUAAUAACCGCGGGAUUAUUGAGGUUAGUUUUCCAUUGGGUCCCGCAUUGGUAUUUGAAGGCGCGCGCCAUCCAGUGUCGAGUAGCCGAAGCUGAAUACGUCUUAAUCACCGAGUUGUACAACAAAAAGCACAAAAUUUACCACGUCAAACCGGUUAAAGUAUUAACAAGCGAUUUAUUAAAAAAAAUCAAAAAACGAGACAACUUACUCGAUAAAGAGAACAAUUUCGAUUGCGAUUUACAACUCUCGGUACAUUUCGGAAAUGGGGCUUUCAAAGAAAUCGAUAAAUUACUCCUUUUCGAUUGUAAAAAAGUAACGUAUUUUUGGCACCCUCAAAAAAGCGAAUUCGUUAAGCUUCGGGGUUUAGACGUCGAUGUAACCGCGGAAAUCUUCCAUUCGAAUAAAGAGGGGUUAAGCAAAAACGAGCAAUUCAUGCGGAGGUUAGUUUAUGGGCCGAACGAAAUUUUGGUGAAGGAGCAACCGAUCUUAACCCUACUUUUUUUAGAAGUACUUAACCCGUUCUACAUCUUCCAAUUAUUUAGUUUCGUUUUGUGGUUCGUCGAUAAUUAUUAUUAUUACGCGGCGGCGAUUUUAUUGAUGUCGGCGUUUGGAAUCGUGAUGACAGUGAUUCAAACGAGGAGGAAUCAAAGAAAUUUGAAAUCGACCGUUCAAAGUUCCGACAUUUGCAAAGUGUUGCGGAAAAAAAUUUCGAAUCAAACGACUUCCUCAGGGGAUGAUCAAAUAAGUUUCGAAACUGAAUUGAUUUCGACGAGUCAUUUAGUCCCUGGGGAUAUCUUAGAAAUCCCCGGCGAUGGGUGCAUGAUGCAAUGCGAUGCUUUGUUAUUAACCGGAAAUUGCAUCGUUAAUGAAUCGAUGUUAACCGGGGAAUCAGUUCCUGUUACAAAAACACCUUUCCCAAAUUUACCCAAUUACCACUAUGAUCCUAAAGAACACGCAAGACACACACUUUUCUGCGGAACUCACGUGAUUCAAACGAGAUAUUUCGGGGGAGAAAAAGUUUUAGCCGUCGUAAUAAGAACGGGAUUUUCAACGGCGAAAGGGGGCUUGGUGAGGAGCAUUUUGUACCCUCCCCCGGUCGAUUUCCGAUUUGAAAAGGAUUCGUAUCGAUUUGUUGCGUUAUUAGCUUGCAUCGCAGGAAUUGGGUUCAUUUAUACCGUCAUAACGAAGGUUAUGAGAGGAGUCCCAACGGUGGAUAUAGUGUUUGAAGCUUGCGAUUUAAUAACGAUCGUGGUGCCACCUGCUUUACCGGCCGCGAUGACAGUUGGGAGAUAUUACGCGCAAAAUCGGCUCCAAAAGAAUCAAAUUUUUUGCAUCUCGCCCCGCGCGAUUAACGUCGCGGGAUCCAUCGAUUGCGUUUGCUUCGAUAAAACGGGGACUUUAACGGAAGAUGGGUUAGAUCUGCUUUGCGUCGUUCCUGUCGAAAAUCACCACUUCGUCAAGCCGGUUAAAAACGUGGAGGCUCUCCCCAACGAUUUGUUAUUGGGUGGAUUGGUUUCGUGUCACUCCCUAACGAUUAUUAAUAAAAAAAUCACCGGGGAUCCGCUUGAUUUAAAGAUGUUUGAAAGUACAAAAUGGUCAAUAGAAGAACCGGACAUAUCCGACAAUUCAAAAUUCGACGUGAUUUAUCCCACCGUGUUUAAACCGCCGCAAAAAUCUCAAAAUUCUUUAAUAUCACCAGGCGAAUUUGAGACCGAAAUCGGCGUGAUCAAAGAAUUCCCGUUCUCCUCAUCGCUCCAACGAAUGGGCGUCAUAAUCCGUAAAUUAGGAGCCCGCAACUACGAGUAUUAUUGCAAAGGUUCGCCGGAGAUGAUUUUAAAUUUCGUCGACGCCGAGACGAUUCCCAAAAAUUUCCACGACGUCCUCGAGAGUUACACGGUUGAAGGGUACCGAGUUAUCGCGUUAGCUCACCGUGAAUUAAAAAAGAUGUCUUACACCAAAGUCCAAAAGGUGCAAAGGGAAGUUUUAGAGCGCGAUAUGACCCUUUUGGGGCUAAUAGUUUUGGAAAAUCGUUUAAAACCCAACACUGAGCCAUCGAUCAAAACGUUAAACGAGGCAAAAAUUAAAAUCGUCAUGGUAACCGGCGAUAACAUGUUAACGGCUUUGAGCGUAGCGAGAGAUUGCGGGAUAAUCUCCGAAAACCAAAGCGUCAUUGCGAUCAACGUCGACGAAACGAGCCAAGAUCCAAAAUUAAUUUUUACGCUCCAAACGGCGAUUAAAAACGUUAAGUGUAACAACGAUUUGAGUUUAUUAUCCAAUUCGAAUAGUAUCGAGAGUUUGGAUACGUUAGAGUCACAAAUGGGGACGAUUACAAAUGAAGUUUCGAAACCACAAAGUUUAUUUAAUAAUAAUUAUCGAUUUGCGUUAACUGGAAAGGUUUGGAUGGUGAUUAAAGAGCAUUUUGCUGAGUUGAUUCCGAAAUUUGUAACUCGUGGGAGCGUUUUCGCCCGGAUGUCUCCUGAUCAAAAGCAACAACUCGUUCAGGAAUUACAAGGAAUUGGGUAUUAUGUUGGAAUGUGUGGUGAUGGAGCCAACGAUUGCGGCGCUUUAAAAGCGGCCCACACCGGGAUAUCCCUCUCCGACGCCGAAUCAUCCGUAGCAUCCCCUUUUACAUCAAAAAUCCCCGACAUAACCUGCGUUUUAAACGUGAUCAGAGAAGGACGCGCCGCUUUAGUAACCAGCUUUGGAAUAUUCAAAUAUAUGGCGUCUUAUAGUUUGUGCCAAUUCGUUUCGGUGAUGAUUUUGUAUAGUAUCGAUUCAAAUUUAACCGACAUCGAAUUUUUGUACAUUGAUUUAUUUAUUAUUUCGGUGGUUGCGUUUUUCUUUGGGAGGACCGAAGCGUACGAUGGCCCCUUAGUCUCUGAAACCCCCCUAAAUAGCUUAAUUAGUUUCACUCCAGUGUUAUCGUUGUUGUUGCAAUUAAUUUUAUUGGUAUCGUUCCAAGUUUUGAGUUAUUUACAUUUAUUAAGCCAACCGUGGUUCACCCCGUUUCAACCCAGCGAAGACGCGCAUAAAGACGACGUCGGUUGUUACGAAAAUUACGCAAUUUUUACAAUAUCAAGCUUCCAAUAUAUCAUUUUAGCCGUUGUUUUUAGCAAGGGUAAACCGUACCGGAAAAGUAUUUUCACCAAUUAUGGGAUGAUCAUCUCAACGAUUUUAGUAACUAUUUUCUCUAUUUAUUUAGCUUUUUGUAAUUUAGACUUCUUAAAAGAUAGUUUCGAGUUAAUCAUCCCCUCCGAUGUUAAUUUCCGCGUCUUUUUAGUAAUUUACGGCUUAAUCAACUUCGUUUUAGCACUUUUAGUCGAAAUUUUUAUCGUUGAUAAAUUAGUUUUUAAGCGAUUGCGCUACAAAUUCCACGAUAUCAAUAAAUCGAAGCGGAAAUAUUUAGCAAUCGAGCGCGAUUUAGAUAAAGACACGAAAUGGCCCAUUUUAAGCUCCAAUUUCCGCUCGGCCGCCUCACCCCUAACCCCAACUCCUCAAUACACGACAGAAAUCGUCAUCGAAACCGAAAAACCAGUCGAUUCUAUCCUAAAAAGCUUAUUAACCCAACAAAUCUCAUCUCCUAUUUCACCUUCAGAUGACAACACGAGCGAAUACGACACCCCCAGCUUGUUUUCGAGCACAACCGAUCAUUUUAUGACGACCAGCGAUUUGGAUCAAUUAGAUUUUAGUUUGAAUUUGGAUUAUAAUCAGCAAAGUAGAAAUACGAGGUCGAAGAGCCACCAAAAUACGCCGUUUAAAGUGCUUAAAAUGAAGGAAAAUGUUAUUUUGGAGAACGGGGAAGCGGAUAAUCGAUCGAUUUCGUUGAACGGCUUAGAUUUGUUGAAGGAGAGGUCCAGUUUUAACGCGUUGAGUCGAAGCCCCCCUGAGGUUUUAGAACCGGUUAAUAAAGGUAUGAAGAAUCAUUUGGAACUAAACGAUUUGGAGAAGAGGUGAAAUUUAUUGUUAAAUAUAAUUGGUGUAAUAAAUAAAUGUUUGUAUAAAUUAGAAAUCAA